GACUUCCUUUGCUUUUUAUUGUAAAGGUUGUUCUGACGAACUAUUCCAUACACCAGCAAACGGGAAAUUUAGAGUUGGAGAACGAAAAAAGAAAACAAGAAAAUUUGACAUGACAAAAGAUCAGGAAACCGGCUACGGUGCGCUGCAAACCUCACAGCAGCACGAGGCCGCCGGAGCGUCACCGUCGUCUUCAUCAGAUGGGCGGCCCGUUAGCCGAGACCACGACGCCGAAGUCGGCGCCUGCGGUGACCAAGAUGCCACAGAGUCGAGCCAAACUCGCGGUGGCGAGAUGUUGGCAAAGGUGAAGGAAUUUUACACGCGCAACCUGGGGUUGUUGUUUGUGUUUCUGGCCCAGGGGUGCGGCGCAUGUAUGAGCGUGGCGGCCAAGCUCCUGAUCAACGACGAGUCGGCGUCCUUUCACGCGCUGCACGUCAUCUUUGUGCGCAUGCUCGCCACGGCCAUCCUGGGCCUCCUGUACAUGUGGUGGAAGAGCGUGCCCGACGCGCCGUUUGGCGACCGCCGCGUCAGGGGCCUGCUGCUGCUCCGCGGCGCGAGCGGCUUCUCGGGCCUGCUGGGCCUGUACUAUUCGCUCUCGUACCUGCCGCUGUCGGAUGCGACGUUUAUCUCCUUUAUCAUCCCGGCCAUUACGGCCAUUGUGUGUUUUGUGUUUUUGAAGGAACCCAUGAGCAAGCACGAGACUUUUGCCGGCGUGCUGGCGUUCACGGGCGUGCUGCUCAUCGCACGCCCCACCUUUCUGUUUGGCGGCAGCCACGCGAGCCUGGACGAGGACCCUGCAGCGGCGGCGUCGGCGUCGGCGGCGUCGUCUGUGUGGGGCGGUUACUUUUCGCAGUCGGCGCCGACGCCGCCCGCAGUCACCCCGACGCAGCGGACGCUGGCCAUCGUCGGCGGCGUCGGCGGGUGCUUCUGCGCCGCCACGUCGUACGCCACGAUCCGCGUCAUCGGCAGGCGCGCGCACUCGCUCGUCAGCGUAAACUACUUUGCCAUGGUGGCGACCGUCGGGUCCGCGGUCGCCAUCCUGCUGCAUCCGGAUCUGGAGUUUGUGUUUCCUGAUCGGCCGAGGCACUGGCUUUUGUUUCUUUUGAUUGGAAUCGCCGGGUUUUUGCUGCAGUUCCUGCUCACCGAGGGCUUGCAGAGGGAAAAGGCAGGGCGUGCGACUAAUCUCAUAUAUACCCAGAUAGUGUUUGCACUCGUGACGGAGCGUAUCAUCUGGGGCACGGUGCCUUCGUCGUUGAGCCUUGUCGGCGGCCUCUUGAUCAUAGUCGCUGGGGUCUGGACCACGCUGCAAAAGCAGAGCACGACAAGCGAUUUGGCGAAUGCUGCUAAUGCCGGGUCGAGCACUGCGGAGCCGGACGAAGAGACUGGGCUGCUGGGUCCGAGUUCAAGAAACUCGGAACAAAGGACGUGAGAAGCACUGAUCAAUGACGAGUAAUGGUUUCAAUGGCAUUUAGCAUUUACGAAGCAAGACAGAAGCAUAUUGGGCGGGUAGGUUAUAGAUGAAUCAUGUUUGUUUAUAAACAGGAGGACGUCUAAAAAGAUCCUCGGACUAUUGCUAGUCUAUAUCUCCCAUAAAACGGUAAAAAGAAGAAAAAGAAUUAUAUGUCAUGACCAAGGCAUUAAAAAGCUGA